GUAAUCAGUUGUUUGUGACAGUCAUCUGACUUUUUCUCAGCUGUCUGAACGCCAAGCAGGGUUCACAACCCGAUCUUAAUUUUAUGCACAUUAUAUGAAGGUAUAAUUCAUCUAUUAAAUCAUCACAAUCUUGGUAACAUCAAAUAUGAGUCAGCUGAAGAUAAAGUCAGGAACUACAGCUCCGCAGCAUGUCAGGAAUACAUUUUUAUUUAUGUUUUUGCAACCACUGAACUAUCACAGACGCCGUUUUGAAUAAUUUCUCAGGAGAGAUUGUUAUCAAUGUGAUAGCAUGACAGCUGUGGAAGAUACAGUUACAACACUUUACAGGUGUGCAGGCCAAGUUGAGGUCAAAAUGAAGGCCGAGGUCGGAGAUGGGUUUGGUCUGGCCACAGGCACCGGAAGUAGGGGAGUAGGAAGAUGGGAAGGGGCCAUUACUGUAUGCAAGCCCAUGUGCACACAAGCUACUGUACAUCAAAGCCACAACCAAAUUCAUUCCUCGAAUUCACCGAGGCAUGAUGUUGCUUUGCAUAGGAAAAUGACAUUUUGUUUUUUCAGGAACUCUGAAUUUGCAAAACAAAAUGCUGGCAGCGGGCUGCCAUGCAAAGUCAGGUGACAACAUAUCCAUGUAGAGAAAGGCUCAGUUGCGUCCGUUUAUUGCUGACGUUCGGUGCUUUGACUUUACUUGAGCCAGAGAAAGCAGUGAAUGGAUCACACAACAAGACUUAAUGCCAUCAAACAAACAUGAGCUGGAUGACUUGGAUUUUGUUUGUGAGCCUUCUUUGGAUUUAUUCUGUUUGUAUUUCAGACGCUGAAAAAUGCCCUCAAAAAUAUAAAAAACUCAAGAAAUGUGUGAAGCAGCAGAAGACAAGUCUUGUUAUUGUUGAUGACUUCAGAGGCUUCUUCAACGGAGGCGGGAAUCAGAACUCAGCAAAAACAGCAGACCUGUCCCAUCCCAAUGAAGAAGGAAUGGGUUGCAUCAUAUUUCUAAGGAAAAACCAAACUGAACAACAAAAUUUCAAGCGGGUGUGGCCUCAAAUGAUGGCAAAAAAUGGUUCUUAUCUACUGCUUAUCUCACAAUGGCAUAUCAAGAAGAAACUGCACCUGCAUGUGCUGGAGGGGAAGCACUGCAACUCCACAUCAUGUAACGGCACAGAUUCAGCGUGUGUCUUCCAUCACACUCUGACAGAUUCAGCGUGUGUCUUCAAUCACACUCUGACAGAUUCUUGCCAGAUUCGAUGUGUGGAUACAGGCACCAUAUGUAAUGGAGAUAGUUACAGUGAUGAGACCUGCAGUGAAAUGGGGGUCAAAAAAAGGUACAUCAUCAACAUUACAGCAACAGACAACAACUGUAUCAACUGCAAUGACCCAGUGAAAAAGCCUGAGCAGAAAAUUAAGUGUAAUGCAACAAUAAUAACUGAAGGAGAAAAAAUCAACGCUACCAAAGCUUCUGAAGUCAUGAACUCAAUGGCCAAUCUCGUUGCCAACAUCAAGACUUCAGCUGAGGUGACUGUGGGAAAAGAACUUAAAGGUGUUAUAGUGACACAAAGAGAUCCCGAGGAAGUAGACCAAGUUCUCUUUGCCUAUGAAUCUCCACAUGACAGCAUAAGUAUUAUAGACAGCGAAGAUGCUCUGGCUACGUUUCAAAGAUCUGUCACUGUGCCCAAAGAAGCAUUUGAAAAAAGUCUGAAUGUCAGCGUGCCAUUUGCAGUUAUUUUCCGGUUCAACAAUCUCACGGCUGAGUCAAGCAGCACUAUUUUAAAUGAUGAGGUUGUAGCAGUGGCAAUGGCAACUGAGAUCACCAAUCUUACAGACAAAAUAAGGCUAAAUUUUCAUAAUGUCAUAUACGACGGAACUCCAUCUUGUCAAUCAUGGAACGGUGAAGGGAGUCGACCAAACUGGACUGGUGACGGAUGUGAGACGAUAAUAGAUGGAAACAACGUUACGUGCGCCUGCUCGCAUUUGACGUUUUUUGCUAUUUUAUUGGCCCCUCCUAAUGUAACCAUAUCUAGUUCUGACCUGAGAAAACUCACUAUCAUCACCCAAAUUGGCUGUGGCGUGUCCAUGUUCUUCCUCGGCAUAGUCCUCUUCAUGCACUUCCUUCUGAGGAGGACCAAAGCCAGUAUAGCCACAAGGAUUCUCAUCCACCUGGUAUUAGCCUUGUUCCUACUUAACUUAACUUUCCUGACCAACAACUACGUGGCCCAGCUGAAGAGCUCUGUGGGUUGUAAGAUCAUGGCCGCUCUCAUGCACUACUUCAUGUUGGCCACUUUCACUUGGUUUGCUGUGCAGGCCUUCCACAUCUGCCAGCAGCUGUACAUGGGGGGCAAAACUGUAAUCCGUCACUACAUGAUCAAAGUCUGUAUCACCAGCUGGGUACUACCGAGCAUCGUUGGGAUCGUCCUGCUCAGCAUUGGGAAAUAUGGUGAACAAGCCAUCCUUACCAGUGACUCCACAGAAAGCAUUUCCAUGUGCUGGAUAACAGACACUGAAGUCCACAGCAUUGUCAACAUAGGUUACUAUGCUUUGGUCUUCAUCUUCACCAUCACUACCUUCAUCGCCAUCGUGUCCUGGCUCUGCUGUCUCAGGAGAGUGGGAGCUGGAACAGAGACAAGUGGCAAAAAUAUUGUAAUCAUCCUGGGACUGUGUUGCAUGCUGGGUAUCACAUGGGGUUUUGCCUUCUUCGCCCACGGCAUCCUCCGUAUCCCUGCCUACUACAUCUUCACGGUCCUCAAUUCUUUCCAAGGUUUCUUCCUGUUCAUCUACUACUGGAAGACCAGCCACUCAAAAGAGGUAAUGGGCGGCGUCAGUGAUACUAACAGCUCAAGCAACACCAGCACUCUCAAAACCAGGGUGGACAUCUUUGAGAACCCCUACAGCAACCUGCCAGAGAGGGAAAAGAAGCUUGGGAACACGGGUGGCGAGUAAAGAGCGGUGAAAAAGUCAGCUUGACUUAAAAACUACAAGCAAGUGCACAUAAAUGGAAAGUAUACGGAUGUUUAACACUGCAAUAGGCAUCUUUAUUUGACAUAUUCAUUAACAGUUAUCAGCAAAUAGGAAAAUUACUUUAAUACUACAUUGUUAAGUUGUCUUUGGACCAGAACCGGGUUUGCAGUUUUAUUCAGUGAAGAUCACAGCAUGCGAUUAAACCUCCCCCCCCCCCAAAAAAAAAUAUUUCAUGUGUAGAUUUUCAUAUUUUAACACAAACAACACAAAUACAGGUACAAAUCACCCUCUCCACACCCACAGAAAUGAACAGCAGCACCAACUAUGGAAUGAAUGUUUGUACGUAUGCAUGUAGUACAAGUAUACAAACGUUUGUCCAACCCAUUAUGAACAAAUAUCUGUACAUACCUGCAAACGCUUCAGGCCAUUCUGGAUAAAUAGGGCAUGAAUGGUUGCCAGAGCUGAGAGAAACACUGUACCUCACUCUCUCCAUGUGUAACAAGCUGGUGAUUUCUACCAGUCAGGUCUUAAAAGAAGGCACGUCCUCAGUUUUUCAAAAAGUUGAAAUGUUCCUUUUUGCCACAACCAUGCUGUAUUGUAUUGUCUUUACUAUGACUUUUUCUGAAGAUUUUUAUGACAUACUACACUAUGACUUUAUAUGAAGAUUUGUAUGACAUACUACACUAUGACUUUUUAUGAAGAUUUUUAUGACAUACUACACUAUGACUUUAUAUGAAGAUUUUUAUGACAUACUACACUAUGACUUUUUAUGAAGAUUUGUAUGACAUACUAUACUAUGACUUUAUAUGAAGAUUUUUAUGACAUACUAUACUAUGACUUUUUAUGAAGAUUUGUAUGACAUACUAUACUAUGACUUUUUAUGAAGAUUUUUUAUGACAUACUACACUAUGACUUUAUAUGAAGAUUUGUAUGACAUACUAUAACUUUUUAUGAAGAUUUUUGACAUUUUGACAUUUUUGACUUUUUAUGAAGAUUUGUAUGACAUACUACACUAUAACUUUUUAUGAAGAUUUUUGACAUACUACACUAUGACUUUAUAUGAAGAUUUGUAUGACAUCGAGAUACCAAGGUCCUUCUCCCAGGAGAUGAGUCUCUUCAAGUCAGAGGUGUGACUCAUAAGUGUAUACAGUUCAAUGGGGGUGGGGACUGACUUAAAAUGUGGUAUACUUGUGCGGAUGUAAUCUCUGAUCCGGAGAGAACAGAAGAAAUGCGAAUUUGGGAGUGGGUACUUUUCUUUUAACUGACCGAAGGUGGCAAAAGACUGAGACCUCCCAUGAGUUUAGGCUUGGGUAUAUGUUUUUUUUUGUGUGGUGUUUGCAUGUUCUCCCCAUGUCAGCAUGGGUUUUCUCUGGGUACUCCAGCUUCCUCCCACAGUCCAAAGACAUGCAUAAUUGGUGACCCUAAAUUGCUCGUAGGUGUGAAUGUGAGUGUGAAUGGUUAACCGUCUCUAUGUGUCAGCCCUGUGAUAGUCUGGUGACCUGUCUAGGGUGUACCCUGUCCCUCGCCCAAUGUCAGCUGGGAUAGGCUCCAGCACCCCUGCGACCCCCAACAAGAUAAGCGGUUAUGUUUUUUAGAAAUACAUUGAGCUUUAAAUCCCCAUACAAAAGGAUUAAACAUUUUCUUUAACGCAACAACAAAUUGUAACAAAUUUUGACUGAUUUUUCAAUGGCAGCAUAUCUAAAACCUCUAACCUGUGGCUAUGAAGCAUUUUUAAUUACAUUUUCAGGCCCCUGUGAUCAUCCACUCAUAUAAAAUAUAUCUUGUGCUGUGGAUAUACUCGUAAAAAUAAAGUUUCCU